CCGCCGAGCCGCGGCAUUACGUCGCGCACCGCCGACCGCGACUGACGUUCGCGCCAACUUCGCUCAAGUUGCGAUCCGCUACUCAUCUAUGUCCUAUCUCUUUAUCAGAGCCAUCAUUUUUAUCAUUUAUCAUUAUUGAUCUGAGAUGUGACGAAAAGGAAGAAACGAAAAAAAAAGGGGAAAACAAAAAAAAAAGAAAAAAAAAAGAAAAGACAGGAGAUCAGUGAUAAAAUUAAUGAUAAUACAUAAGGAAACAAUAAGUCAGUUAAAUCAUUGUAAUUUAUGGAUUUAGGAAAACUUUCGAGUGUUCGGAGUGAUAUUGUGAAGGACUCCAGUGAGCCACGUGCUUUGUGAUUCCUGCGCAUUUUAUUCUUUUUUUUCUUUUUUUCUUUUAUUUGUUUUCUUUCUUUCUUUCUUUCUUUCUUUCUUUCUUUCUUUUUUCCUUUCUUCUUUUUUUUUCCAUUAGUGACUAACGAUAACAGAAAGAUUCAAGAUACUUUAGUUAUUGUUCAAGCUUUGAUCAAUAAGUGAUUUAAUCGCUUUAUGAGAGAAAGAAGAAAGUCGAGGUGAGAUGGAACAAGGAGAAGUUUCUAUUCGAUUUUAAAAGAUGCAGUGAAUAUAAAGGAUGCGCUCGAUCGAAGAAGACGAAUGCGCGAGCGGAGGACAACGUGGAGGUACCUGUUGGUAGCAAAGUGGUGGUCGCUCGUCGACGGGUCGACUAGCUCGGCUCCGUCGGUAAGGUCCGCUUCAAGUAAAGGUCACGACGUCUCGCGCGGAGGGUACGUGUUUGGUGGGUGACGAGGAGCGGCUACUGGCCGAUGGGAUGCAUCUACCGGUGGGUUCCGUGGGCUGCGGGGAGAAUUACGGCACCGUCGGAUCUCAGGAAGGCGCCGGCCCGUGCGGUCCCUCCCUGGCACCCCUCCAAGGGGUUAACACCAGGUACCACCAGGGUGAGGACGGCGAAAACGGCGGUGGUGCCGGCGAAAUGAGUGAGGGUGCCGCCGUCGGCGAACUCUGGUGGACCGAGAGACUCGUCGGUGAGGCACAGGCUGAACAUCCCGGCGAACUCGUUAGAACAGGUUCGCCGUACUUCCUCUGCAGUCAAUUGCCAACUCAUUGGAGAUCCAACAAGACCCUACCAGUGGCUUUUAAAGUUGUAGCCCUCGGCGAGGUCGGCGAUGGAACCCUCGUUACUGUUCGCGCUGGUAACGAUGAAAACUGUUGCGCAGAACUACGUAACUCGACUGCACUUAUGAAGAAUCAAGUCGCAAAAUUCAACGAUCUUAGGUUCGUCGGUAGAAGUGGAAGAGGAAAGAGCUUUAGCAUCACGAUAACCGUUUCGACGAGUCCACCUCAGGUAGCAACCUAUACCAGAGCGAUCAAGGUGACCGUCGAUGGACCGAGAGAGCCACGUUCGAAAACGAGACAACAGCAUCAACAAUUUCGAGCUCUUGGUUUGGGUCAGAGACCAUUCUUGGAUGCCCCGAGCUCGUUCACCUCCCACCUACGAGAACUGGAGUCGUACAGGAGGAAUAAGCAUCACCAUCAUCACAGCAGUCACUUACACGGACAACAGACUGGCAGCAACGUCACCGCGAAUUCGGUUAGCGGUGCCUGUUCCAACCCCAACAACACCGACCCAACCGCAUCGCCCGCUUCCAGUACACACCUCGGAGCUACCGGAGGAGGUUCCUCUAGUUCUGCUCAUCAGGAUUGUUACAAGCAUAGUCCUCAACACGGUGACACAAGUACGAGCACCACUGAGUGGUCUUAUCCAUCGACAACUCCUUAUCCAGCUCCAACAGUCAGUAGCGGUGGAUCGUACUCUCCUAUUCCAGGUGGUGCAUUCUCUUAUCCCGGUGAAUCCUUAUCACAUCAUCCAACAACGGAACCUGUACCGCUACCAACCGUUUUACCAUCCGAGAGUCAACAGGACACCUACACUCCAAACUGCGUUUCCAUGUAUUCCGGUCACGGAACUUCGUCAACAUCGUUGCCUCUAAUACCUGGAAAGCCCAAUGACCCCGAUAUCUUCGCAGGUGGUGGAACAGGAAGCGCAAGUCCAGGAUACCAUUAUGGUUCCUGGACACCUGGACCAGCUACACCAGUACCGGUCGCUUCACACAAUUACAAUCCUAAUUAUCAAGGAUAUUACAACAACCCAAGUCAAAAUUACAUAAGUCCGGCCCCGAUGGUACUAUAUCCGCAGCUCUACAGUACAGUUAAUCAGAAUCAGAUUCAUCUGCAUCUUCAUGGUGAUCUCAGCGACGAACAAGUCACAAUUGCUGGAGGAAACUUAACGAUCAGUAGCAAUCGUUUGGAGAUUGGAGUUCUAGGUGAAGAAAGCGAACAAAGGAACGACGUUUGGAGACCUUAUUAAAGGAUUUAAGGAUUUAAUAAGAUAUUGACAGUAAAUAACAAUUCGUUACGUGCGUUAAUCAUUAAUAGUGAAGAAUGUUAAUGUGAAGCUCGGAGAAAGUAAACGAUGGUUGAAAGUGCGUUUUUAGAAUAUUUUCUAUUCUCGAGAACUCUUUUGAAACAUCAACGUAAGUACAUAUGUACUCAUAAAUUUAUUCUAAGGAAAGGCUGUUAAUUAACGAGUGCUAAAAAAAAAGAUAUGUUGAAGAAUUUAAUCGUUUCUUGUAUAGUGCGAGAUGUUGCAAGAAAGGGAAAAAAAAAAGUUAUCUUAGACUAUCGUAAGGCAAUCUUGGAUCUGGUGUUAUUUUAAAGAAGACUGAGUACUCAGGAUAUCAGAUUUCAAGUAUUCUCAAGCUAAACGUGCUUUCUUUACGAUCUUAUCGAAAGCAGAUAUAGGGUGAAUAAGUUUGCUCGAAGGAUAAAAAAAGAGAAAAAGAAGAAGAAGAAGAAGAAGAAGAAGAAGAAGAAGAAUAGGAAGAAAGAAAAAGAAAAGUGAAAAAAUGGUAAGGCUUUUUGGUAGUAUGCGCGUCGUGAAUCGUUUUCAGCAAUAUCGUUCGUUCUCUCUUCGAUCAUAAAUUUGAGACGUCAGAGAACAGUCAGUGUAUGUAAGUAAGUACUUAUCAAAUGAUGAGAAGGUAGAGUCAAAUAAUGUAACGUUGUAAAUAUACAGAUAUUUUCCAUGAAAUAAUAAAUACGUACCUGGAGAGUUCCUACGUCCCUAUUCGUGAUAACUUGUCACAAACAAUUUUAAUCAUUCAUUUAUAACCGUUUCUAUAGAGGGGAGGAGAAAGAGGAGAAGAAGAAAAAAAAGAGGAGGAAGAGGGGAAAGGGUAAAAAAAACAGGAAAUAACGAAAAGAAUACGACGUAUGAACGAUGAAUAUGAGCAGAGAAUUAUUUCCUAGUAUGUUUCAGUAUUUAAAAAAAAAAACGAUGUAAAUAAUCCGAAGAAAAGAAGUUAGUGGAUCGUUAAAAACAGAACUGAAGGCAAUCUUGAGUUAAUCUUUAAAGAAGAAAGCUUCUCUACUGUCUGCCGCCAUUCGUCCCCCCUUCCAACACCCCUUCCCCCCUCCCUCCCCAUCCUCCUGUCCUACCUCCUACCUCAGUCCACGUGACUGAGUUCACACUUUCGAGUGAUUUCUUCGUUCUCCCACUUCUCUUCCGUGAUGUUUACAGCCCCGAUGCAUCCUGCGAAUAGGACGCGAGGAAUAAAACCAUGGAAUAAGGCGAGGCGGCCGUCGCUCAUAAGCUUCUCUCUUUACGAGGAUGACUCGACUCGUCUCCGACCGCAGACGAGAGUCUCCCGACUCUUUUCUACGUCCUUUAAGAACCAACUGAAAUACGUUUCGUCUCGCAGGAAAUGGUCGACAUCUUCGUGCUCUCUUCUUCCGACCAUAAAUAGUGGGACAGAUUUUAACUUUAUUUCAUUCUUACGAACUAUAAUAAAAAUAUCUAAAUUUUAUUUAUUUAUUUAUUUAUUUAUUAUUUUUUUUUUGUUUUUCUUCUUUUCUUUUUUUUUUUUAGUCGUAAGCGUAUCGUAUACGCGUCGUAAAGGUGAUCCGUUCGUUAUCAAAAACAAAGACGAAGAAGAAAAAGAAACAGGAAAAAAAAGAAAAAAAAAUGGUAUCAAUUUGACACCGAUCAAAUUUUUUUCUCACCAUAUUUAUUUUCUCUCACGUACAGUCACAGUUGUUGCUUGCUUGCAGCCCCGAACGUUCUCUUUUACAGAAAUUUGAUUAUGAUAAAUUUAGUUUAGAAUACUGUUGCAUAACCACAGACGAAGUUAGGUGAGUGUGUGUGUGUGUGUGUGUGUGUGUGAAUAUGAGUUUGUGUAUAUGUGUAUGCAUGUGUGCGCACUGUGUGAUUAGUCAAUUUUCUUCGUUCAUACCUUUCUUUAUAUUUCUCUUUCCCUUUGCAUAUUUAUAUA